AUCAAAUUUCUUUAUUCCUUGUCUUCUCUCUCGGAACAACACGUGUCCCCCCGCCUUCCCUCAAUGUAUCGGAACGAAACGCGCCAGAUUUGCACCUUCUGAGAGGGACAUACUGAUACAUUGUGUGUGCUUUGGACAAAAAAUCCGAGAGGGAGAGACCAAUGGAUGAGAAGCUGAUAGUUCGGCUGGAGUCGGCGGUGGCGCGGCUGGAGGCGCUGUCGAGCGGGUUGGGAUCGGGUGCGCAUGGGAUUGGGGAAGAAACGGCGUCGGAUCCGUCGAUUGUGGCCUUCGACGAUCUGAUUGGGCGGUAUUUGGGUAGGGUAUCGAGCGCCGCUGAGAAGAUCGGGGGACAGGUGUUGGAGGUCACGAAGAUAGUGCAAGAAGUUUUCAAUGUUCAGAAGGAGCUUCUCAUCAAGGCCAAACAAACUCAGAAGCCUGAUCUUGCGGGAUUUUCUGAAUUUCUCAAGCCAUUGAAUGAAGUGAUCAUGAAAGCAAAUGCAUUGACAGAAGGAAGGCGAUCUGAUUAUUUCAACCACUUGAAGUCUGCUACUGACAGUCUCUCAGCUUUGGCAUGGAUUGCAUAUACUGGCAAAGAGUGUGGUAUGAGCAUGCCUAUUGCACAUGUGGAAGAAAGUUGGCAAAUGGCUGAAUUUUACAACAACAAGGUUCUUGUAGAGUACAAAAACAAAGACCCAAAUCAUGUUGAGUGGGCCAAAGCCAUGAAGGAACUAUAUCUACCUGGCUUGAGAGAUUAUGUUAAGAAUAACUAUCCUCUGGGCCCAGUUUGGAGUCCUACUGGAAAACCAGCUGCUGCUCCACCAAAAGCUCCUACACCAGGAGCCCCUGCCCCUCCUCCUCCUCCACCAGCUUCUCUCUUCAGUUCAGAAUCUUCUCAGGCUUCAUCAUCACGCCCAAAAGAAGGAAUGGCUGCUGUUUUCCAAGAGAUUAGUUCUGGGAAGCCUGUGACUACAGGUCUGAGAAAGGUCACAGAUGAUAUGAAGACAAAGAACCGUGCAGAUAGAACUGGUGUUGUGGGUGCUAGCGAAAAAGAAGGUCGUACAAGUUCGCGUUCUUUUUCUAAAGCAGGACCACCAAAGUUAGAGCUUCAAAUGGGCCGUAAGUGGGUUGUUGAGAAUCAAAUUGGAAAAAAACAAUUGGUUAUUGAUGACUGUGAUGCAAAACAGUCUGUAUAUGUUUUUGGAUGCAAAGAUUCUGUCUUGCAGAUUCAAGGGAAAGUCAACAAUAUAACAAUUGACAAGUGCACUAAGAUGGGAGUUCUAUUUAGGGAUGUCGUGGCUGCUUGUGAGAUUGUAAAUUGCAAUGGGGUUGAGGUGCAAUGCCAGGGUUCGGCUCCAACAAUUUCAGUGGACAAUACAGCAGGCUGCCAAUUAUAUUUAAGCAAAGAGUCUCUUCAGGCAUCUAUAACAACAGCUAAGUCAAGUGAGAUCAAUGUAUUGGUACCUGGUGCUGCGCCUGAUGCUGAUUGGGGGGAGCAUGCUUUGCCACAACAGUUCAUUCAUGUAUUUAAAGACGGCCACUUUGAAACCACGCCAGUCUCUCACUCGGGAGGGUAAUUGGAACUAUUUUAAUCGCCAUUUCCAGAUCAUAUAUCUUAUUUUAUUCCUUGGAUGGACGGGUGGCUUCUAUUUCUUUUUUCCUUGAUUCAAUUGAAGUUGGUAUAUAGUUGGCAUACAUUCAUGGUCUGUUUGUUAUGCUGCUGUUUAUUGUUUUGGUUUAUCAAACCACCGGAAAUUUCUGCUUGAUUCUUUUGCAAAGUUUGUUUCUGGAUGAGUGUCUUUGUUUCUGGAUGAGUGUCUUCUUCUGAGGUUUUUGAACCUGCCUUUGUGCUGUAACGAGAACUUACUGUAAUGUUUUUGCUUUGUCAAAAUUUCUUUACUUGUUAA